GUCCCGUCGUGCCCGUCGCUGCGAGAAAGCGCUGGAUGGUGGUGGAAGCUGGUGGUUGGCACUCGGACCACGUCGAAGCUUCUAGCAACAGUGAUCGAAAAACCCACAAAGACUUCAAAAGGCCACCACGGCCCAGCUCUCCAUCUUCUUUCACGCACUUCUCUCACCUGCACUCUACACGAAGCUCGACUUUUGCAGAGCACGCACAGCACUCACCACUACUUUGAUACCCCAAGCCCUACUGUUACCCUCGAGUCCACCCUACACAACCGCAGCUAUGGCCCCAGCUAUCGGCAUCGAUUUGGGCACCACCUACUCGUGUGUGGGCAUUUUCCGUGAUGACCGCAUCGAAAUCAUUGCAAAUGACCAGGGAAACCGCACCACCCCGUCGUUCGUCGCCUUCACUGACACGGAGCGUCUGAUUGGUGACUCGGCGAAGAACCAAGUCGCCAUGAACCCCUCCAACACCGUUUUCGACGCAAAGCGCCUGAUCGGCCGCAAGUUCGCCGAUCAGGAAGUGCAGGCCGACAUGAAGCACUUCCCCUUCAAGAUCAUCGACAAGGGCGGCAAGCCUGUCGUCGAGGUUGAGUUCAAGGGCGAGAACAAGACUUUCACACCCGAGGAAAUCUCGUCCAUGAUCCUCACCAAGAUGAGGGAAACCGCCGAGUCGUACCUCGGAGGUACCGUCAACAACGCCGUCGUCACAGUCCCCGCCUACUUCAACGACUCGCAGCGACAAGCCACCAAGGAUGCCGGUCUCAUCGCUGGCCUCAACGUCCUCCGAAUCAUCAACGAGCCCACUGCCGCAGCCAUUGCCUACGGCCUGGACAAGAAGACCGUCGGCGAGAGGAACGUUCUCAUCUUCGACUUGGGAGGAGGAACCUUCGAUGUCUCUCUCCUUACCAUCGAGGAGGGUAUCUUCGAGGUCAAGUCCACCGCUGGUGACACUCACUUGGGCGGCGAGGACUUCGACAACCGCCUCGUCAACCACUUCGUAACGGAGUUCAAGAGGAAACAUAAGCGAGACUUAACCUCCAACGCCCGCGCCCUCCGUCGUCUCCGCACUGCCUGCGAGCGGGCUAAGCGCACCCUGUCCUCGUCUGCUCAGACCUCCAUCGAGAUCGACUCCCUGUUCGAGGGUAUCGACUUCUACACCUCCAUCACGCGUGCUCGCUUCGAGGAGCUGUGCCAGGACCUUUUCCGCUCCACCAUGGAGCCUGUGGAGCGUGUUCUCCGCGACGCCAAGAUCGACAAGAGCUCCGUCCACGAGAUCGUUCUCGUCGGUGGCUCCACCCGUAUCCCCAAGAUCCAGAAGAUGGUCUCCGACUUCUUCAACGGCAAGGAGCCGAACAAAUCCAUCAACCCCGACGAGGCUGUUGCCUACGGUGCUGCCGUCCAGGCCGCUAUUCUUUCCGGUGACACCAGCUCCAAGUCGACGAGUGAGAUCCUCUUGCUCGACGUCGCGCCGCUGUCCAUUGGUAUCGAGACCGCUGGUGGUGUCAUGACUCCUCUCAUUAAGCGCAACACCACUAUCCCCACCAAGAAGUCGGAAGUCUUCUCCACCUUCUCCGACAACCAGCCCGGUGUGCUCAUCCAGGUUUACGAGGGAGAGCGUGCCCGGACGAAGGACAACAACUUGCUCGGCAAGUUCGAGUUGACCGGCAUCCCACCAGCGCCCCGUGGUGUUCCCCAGAUCGAGGUUACCUUCGAUGUUGACGCCAACGGCAUCAUCAACGUCUCAGCCCUCGAGAAGGGCACCGGCAAGACCAACAAGAUUGUCAUCACCAACGACAAGGGCCGUCUCAGCAAGGAGGAGAUCGAGAGGAUGUUGGCGGAAGCCGAGAAGUACAAGGCUGAGGAUGAGGCUGAGGCCGGUCGCAUCGCUGCCAAGAACGCCCUCGAGAGCUACGCCUACUCGCUGCGGAACACCAUGUCCGACAGCAAGGUCGACGAGAAGCUCGACGCCAGCGACAAGGAGAAGCUCAAGUCUGCCAUCGACGGCACCGUUACAUGGCUAGACGACAACCAGACCGCCACCAAGGAGGAGUACGAGAGCCAGCAGAAGGAGUUGGAGUCUGUCGCCAACCCCAUCAUGAUGAAAUUCUACGGCCAAGGUGGAGAGGGCGGUGUUCCCGGCGGACCCGGUGGCUUCCCAGGAGCAGGCGGCUUCCCAGGAGCCGGCGGUGCCCCAGGAGGUGCCGGUCACGAUGACGGCCCUACCGUGGAGGAGGUUGACUAAAUUGUCGGCUUUUAUUGCUGAAUAUCUCUUUAGUUCGAUUCUUCUUCUGCAUAGGUGGAUUUUCAUGGGUGGGUCUCCGGAGUUUGGAAGAGCUUUCCCAUACCUUUUCCCUUUUGCAUUUCCUCUGUUCUAUCAUGACGAUUAUCAUGAGGGUGGAAAAAGUCUGCAAGGAUGUACUCUACAGUAAUGAGCAGAGAUGCAUUCAAUGAAUAACUUAUACAAU